AUGACCGACUCGAAGUAUUUCACUACCACCAAGAAAGGGGAGAUAUUUGAGCUGAAAGCCGAGCUGAACAGCGACAAGAAGGAGAAGAAGAAAGAGGCUGUGAAGAAGGUGAUAGCGUCCAUGACCGUCGGCAAAGAUGUCAGCGCUCUCUUCCCGGACGUGGUGAACUGCAUGCAGACGGACAACCUGGAGCUGAAGAAGCUGGUCUACCUCUACCUGAUGAACUACGCCAAGAGCCAGCCGGACAUGGCCAUCAUGGCUGUCAACACCUUCGUGAAGGACUGCGAGGACCCAAACCCUCUGAUCCGGGCUCUGGCGGUGCGGACCAUGGGCUGCAUCCGUGUGGACAAGAUAACGGAGUAUCUCUGCGAGCCCCUGCGGAAGUGCCUGAAGGACGAGGACCCGUAUGUGCGCAAGACGGCAGCCGUCUGCGUGGCCAAGCUCCACGACAUCAACGCCCAGCUGGUGGAGGACCAGGGCUUCCUGGACACCCUCAAAGACCUCAUCUCAGACUCCAACCCCAUGGUAGUGGCCAACGCGGUAGCGGCACUCUCGGAAAUAGCGGAGUCUCACCCGAGCAGUAAUCUCCUGGACCUCAACCCCCAGUCCAUCAACAAGCUGCUCACGGCCUUGAAUGAGUGCACCGAGUGGGGUCAGAUCUUCAUCCUGGACUGUCUGGCAAACUACAUGCCCAAGGAUGACCGGGAAGCCCAGAGCAUUUGCGAGCGGGUGACGCCCCGGCUGUCGCACGCUAACUCGGCCGUGGUGCUCUCGGCGGUGAAGGUGCUGAUGAAGUUCAUGGAGAUGCUGUCGAAGGACCUGGAUUAUUACGGCACGCUGCUCAAGAAGCUGGCCCCACCGCUGGUCACCCUGCUCUCCGCAGAACCCGAGCUGCAGUACGUGGCUCUCCGCAACAUCAACCUCAUCGUGCAGAAGAGGCCUGAGAUCCUGAAGCACGAGAUGAAGGUGUUCUUCGUGAAGUACAACGACCCCAUCUACGUCAAACUGGAGAAGCUGGACAUCAUGAUCCGUCUGGCUUCACAGGCCAACAUUGCUCAGGUGCUGGCGGAGCUGAAGGAGUACGCCACGGAGGUCGACGUGGACUUCGUAAGGAAGGCGGUCCGAGCCAUCGGCCGCUGUGCCAUCAANNGACAGCAAUCGGCGGAGCGCUGCGUCAGCACCCUGCUCGACCUCAUCCAGACCAAAGUCAACUACGUGGUACAGGAGGCCAUCGUCGUCAUCAAGGACAUCUUUCGCAAGUACCCCAACAAGUACGAGAGCGUGAUCGCCACCCUCUGCGAGAACCUCGCCUCCCUGGACGAGCCCGAGGCCCGGGCUGCCAUGAUCUGGAUCGUGGGAGAAUACGCCGAGCGGAUCGACAACGCCGACGAGCUCCUGGAGAGCUUCCUGGAGGGCUUCCAUGAUGAGAGCACCCAGGUGCAGCUGCAGCUGCUGACGGCCAUCGUGAAGCUGUUUCUGAAGAAGACCACCGAGCCCCUCAUCUCCGAGGAGACCGACCUGAUCGAGCCCACGCUCCUGGACGAGCUCAUCUGCUACAUCGGGACGCUGGCCUCCGUCUAUCACAAACCUCCCAGCGCCUUCGUGGAGGGGAGCAGAGGGGUUGUGCACAAGAGCUUGCCCCCGCGGACGGGCUCGUGAGUAUCUUCCACUUCCCCACAGGGCUACUCUGGCUGUAUCCACGCGACGGGCAGCAUCGCCACCUCCUCCGUGCAGAUGGGGGCUGUGGACCUCCUGGGAGGUGGCUUGGACAGCCUGAUGGGCGGCGGCAGCCUCGCGCCAGCGCCCAGCACCACGAUGCCCGCGAACCUGGCGGCGCCUCUCAGCAGCGGCCUGGGAGACCUCUUCGACCUCACCGGCGGGGGGGGGGGGCUGGAGAUCUCCGGCACCUUCAGCCGGCAAGUGGGCUCCAUCUCCAUGGACCUCGUGCUAACGAACAAAGCCCUGCAGGUCAUGUCUGACUUUGCCAUCCAGUUCAAUCGCAACAGCUUCGGCUUGGCCCCGGCAGCUCCCCUCCAGGUCCACGCGCCCCUCGCCCCCAACCAGUCGGUGGAGAUCUCCCUCCCGCUGAACACUGUCGGCUCCGUCAUGAAGAUGGACCCCCUGAACAACCUCCAG